UGCCGCCGAGGGACGGCUGCGGCUCUGAGCGGGGCCGUGGGCCGCUGACUGGGGAAGGGCGGUGCCGCCAGACGGGAAGCGGCUGUUUGGGGCGGACGGCAGCGCCGCUCUGCUUGGCCCGCGGCAGGAACGGGGCUGCGGCCUGACGCUCCCUUCCCCAGCUGCGCUCCCAGCCUGGCCCCUUCCUUCCCCUCCACCCAGCCGGCGGCACUGCGGAAAGCGGCGUGGGGAACCUGCGGGUCCCUCGCCAGGAAGCGAGUGGGGCUGUUGGCCGCUCACGUCCAGGCGUGCUCCCACAGCUGAGCCCUGAUCCUGACUGCCCCCGCAUCUGAGCCUCUUUGAGCCUCUCCUGCUGAGUCAGGCAAAUGCAGGGAAACUCGCUGCCCCUUUAGCCUUCCCUGUCAUUGGCUUGAGAGUGAGUAGAAAGUGCUGGGGUGGGCUCAGGUACGGUGAUACGCCCCCAGCGCAGUCCCAGCCCGGCCGCAGCCGGUGGGAAGAUGCUCCUCCGAGCACAGCCACAGCUCCUCUGCUGACAGCUCCUGCUCUCACCACUGGCAGAGCCUGGAGAAUGGGUUGCACCCCGCUCAGGUGGCAGCGCAGCCCCUGCAGCCUCGCUGCCCAUGCUGGGUUGAUGGCGAGCCCCAGGGUGCAAUGGGGGAAGCUGUGGGUGAGUCAAAGCAGAGCAGGCAGGCACCCGGGCUGCUUCUGGGGCCGUGUGCCAUGGAGCAAGGCCGGCAGCAGGGCUUGGGACAUCUGCAUCCCAGCCCAGAAUAUGGGGAAAUGUGUCCCCCACUGACAGGCUGAGUCCCCUUCACAGCACCGCAGCCAAGGGCUGGGGGGAGCUUGCAGAAUGGGGCUGGGGAGCAGUGGGUGCUGGCAGACUGCCCCAGCUGUGCAAGGAGUGGCCGCUGAGAUCACCGGGUGUCACUCUGGCAGAGGCUCCCGCUGCCGGCUGCGGGCUCCAGGGGUGUGACAACAAAGCAGGAUGGAGCUGUGACCCCGUGCCAUGGCCUCAGGGGUUCCCAUUACUGCCGAAGGGCUUUCAAGUGCCAGGAGCACGUCGGCUGCCACACAGCCUGCACAUAGCGUGUGGAAUAUGUUGCAGCAGGAAUGUGCAGCACAGCAAUAGAAUACUUCCAAAGCAGGGAGGGUCCCCGUGAACUGCAAUUCUCUGCUGUGUGAUUUGUGCUCUGUGGGUCCCAUGAGUGGAUUUUAAAGGGAAAGCUCUGGGCUGGAGCUUAGCCUCUGGCAAGCAUUGAGAUGAGCUCGCGUGGCCUAAGCUCCAUCCGCGGGUGGGGACUCUGCAGAGCCAGCACCGCGCUGCCCCGAGGUGGGAGCUGAGGUGGCAUGGGGUGAAGAGGAGCGCUGCAGCCGAAGUCCCCUGCCCCAUCCUCACCUCCUGUCUGCUUGAGGCUCACACCCACUGCAGUACCACUGCUGUCCCUUUCAACCCCACCCGUGCCCCUGGGGCAGGUGCCCUACAGUGCCAUGAGCACAGGGUUGGGGCUGUAACGCCCCCGAGCCUCCAGCAGUACCCCUCCCGGGACGUCCUGCUCCACUGUCCACUCCCCCCCGCUGCCGGGCUGCCUGCCCUCCACGCAGGAGACGAGGGAUUUCACAACCCAGCCCAGACAGGAUUAAAGAGAAAUACACAAGUAAACAAACAGCGGCCUUGUGAAGCGGCUGUGCUGCGGGAGCCCCUCUGCUGCCCGGGUUCAAACUGCCCCUGUCAGAGGAAAGGAGUUGCUUCCUGUUAUUUCCAUUGAAAUCCUUGUCCCGGUCGCUAGCCCACAGGCUCCGGCAGGAUGGCACCGUGUGCGCAGAUGGGCUCUGGCCGCCUCUCCCGAGGGCUCCUGCUGCUCUGCGCGCUGCUGGGCCAUGAGUUUUGCCAUGUGGGUGCCACAGUGGAGGACUUUGGGCAGGAGGCAAGAACAAGCCCACCGGGGCCCAUGUACAACAUUACGGAUGAGCUGGUGGAGGAGAUAUACACCAACUUGACACAUCGUUGCUGGGAGUCCUUCGUGCAGGUGAUGCAGAACGUGACUGGCGCACAGCUGUGCGAGUGGAAGGUCAUCAGCAGGCCCUACAGCUCGCUGCAGCAGUGCCUGGAGGACUGGGCUGACAACCUGAAAUACAGUUACCCCAAUGCCUUGGCUGAGAGCUACAUCUUCCAGAGCCACCACCGCUACUUCCAGAACUGCUCGGCCGGCAGCCAGGCCUACUUCGACCCCCCCGAGGACGUGCUGCUGGCCAUGAUCAUCGCCCCCAUCUGCCUCAUCCCCUUCCUCGUCACCCUGGUCAUCUGGCGCAGCAAGGACGGCAAGGCGCAGCCGUAGGUGCUGCCAUGCAGGCACAGCCCCGGCGCUCGUUGCCCCGGUGCGGGGCUGCGCUGGGCGGAGAAUCCCCCGAGGGUUCACCUUCCCCGGGCACUGGGCAGUAAAGGUUUAUUCUCCCCA